AUGAGACAAGCUACUUUUUCCAGCCCAGAAGAUGCUUCUGAAUAUUUAGCCAACUACAUUAUCCACAAGAUCAAUACUUCAACAUCCAGUCCAUUUGUUCUUGGUUUACCAACCGGUUCUUCUCCAGAAGGGAUUUAUGCUAGAUUGAUCAAAGCCAACAAAGAAGGUAGAGUUAGUUUCAAAAACGUUGUUACUUUCAACAUGGAUGAAUACUUGGGGUUGGCUCCAUCUGAUUUACAAUCAUACCACUACUUUAUGUAUGACAAGUUCUUUAACCACGUUGAUAUUCCUCGUGAAAACAUCAACAUCUUGAAUGGAUUGGCCACUGACAUUGAAAAAGAAUGUGCUGAAUAUGAAGCUAAGAUUAAGAAAUAUGGUAGAAUCAAUUUAUUUUUGGGUGGCUUGGGUCCAGAAGGUCACUUGGCUUUCAAUGAGGCUGGUUCUACUAGAGAUUCCAAAACUAGAAAAGUUGACUUGGUUUCAAGUACUAUUAAAGCCAACAGUAGAUUCUUUGAUAAUGAUGAAUCUAAAGUUCCAAGACAUGCUUUGAGUGUUGGUAUUUCUACCGUGUUGGAUAAUUCUGACGAAGUUGCCAUUAUUGUUUUGGGAAGCAACAAAGAAUUUGCCUUGGAUAAAACCAUCAAUGGUAAGGCUAAUGAUCCAAAAUUCCCAUCUAGUUAUUUACAAGAUCACUCCAACGUGUUGAUUGUUUGUGACAACGCCGCUGCUGGCUUGAAAUCUAAAUUAUAG